AUGAGACAGAGAAGAUGGCUAGAAUUGAUCAAGGACUAUGAUUUUGCAGAUGCAUUGAGCCGAAAAUCUAUCAGGAAUUUGUCAUGUUUGUUCACCGGUCGAAGAGAGUUGUUGUGCAACUUGGAAAAGAAUGAGAUUGAAAUUAUGUUGCGUGAACAAGGCAGGAUCUUGGUUGCCAUUUCUGCUCGUCCUGCUAUCAUUGAAGGAAUUAAAGAGAAACAAUGUGAAGAUGAGUUCUUGAAGAAAAUCAUUAAGGAGAUUGGCUUAAAACCAAAGUUGGGAUUUGUGACAGAGAAUAGUGUGCUGAAAUUCUAUAAUAGACUUUGUAUACCGGGCCAUUCUAAUUUGAGAAAACGUGUUAUGACCGAAGCUCACAAUUCAAAGUUUGUUAUACAUCCAGGGAAUACCAAGAUGCACCAUGACUUGAAACAAAACUUCUGGUGGCUUGGAAUGAAAAAAAACAACGCUGAUUUUGUGGCCCGAUGUUUGCAUUGCCAACAAGUUAAAGUUGAACAUCAACGACCCACUGGAUUACUUUAG